AUGUCAACAACAUUCUUGAGUCUCCUAACAUUGCUAUCUCUGGCGGUAAAAGGGGAUGGCGUGGAAACCAUUGGUGAGGCACACCAUAGGAUGCCAGGAGCAUUUAGGGAACAAACGUCAUUUGAAAAACUUAAAGGAUCCCAGAAGAUAUGUGUCAUACUGGGUAUCCUCAUAAUUACUGCCAUAGUAUGUGCGAUCAUUGUUGGAAUAGUCAAAAAAGAUAGCAAUACACUCUACUUCAUCAUCCCUGCUGGAAUCCUUUUGCUAGUGGGAAGUUUCUGCGCAUCACACUAUCUGGGACCUACAGAGGUUGGAUUCACUAAAGAGGAAAAAAUCUUAGGUGCAAUUGGAUUAUUGGUGUUAUUUAGCAUCUGCGGUCUCACCAUUUUCGAUCAUACAGAGUCUAUAUUAUUAUUUGUUAAGGCAAUUUGCGGUGUCACUAUAACGGCAGCACCCAAGUUUUUUCAAUUAUUCGCUGCCUUCUUGGCAUUCGUCCAUAUCGUCGCUGGUAAUGACGUAGAAGGUGAAAAGGUUGAUGUUGAGGAAAGCCAGCCUGCACAAGAUGUCUUGGUAUUUAAUGAGCGUGCCUCCGAUCGUGUUAAGCAGCUCAUCGCCAUGCUUCCCUCUCACGUGUCUAAGCAUUUCGACCCGGAUGCAAAGAGCAUGUUGCCUGCACGCCUUGCUGAGGAGCUUGCCGCUCUCGAGGAUAAUAAGAUUACUCGGGAACAGGCAGAAAGUGUUGCUAGGUACCUCCUCAAGGAGUACACCAGGAUCAUUAUCAACGAUCCCGCUCGGAUGCCUAACACCCGCGAACUUCGUCAAUACCUUGUCGACGGCACUGCGCCAUUGCCUGAAGACCUUGAGAGAUCCGUGUCGCUGCACCUUAAUCGCAAACUGUUUUCCGAGAUACCUCGCAAGAUUUCCGAGGCAUUUUGUUUACCCCCGCAAAACAGCAAGUUGCCUCUCGAACAUCUCGAUCAUAUCCUUGAGCAUCUCGCCAAGUCAUACGAGAAGAAGAAUGUGGAUGGACGUAUCAGGAAGCUGUUCAACGAUACAGUCAGCAGAUAUGCUCAAGGUAUGAUUGGACCUGUAGAUUGGGAAGAUGCUAAGAGGCGCCUCCGAGAACGAACGGGACGCCCAUCGAUUCUCAGCACAAUCAUGAAUCUAUUUACUAAUACUGCUAUGGACGAUGACGACGAAUCGACGAUCGCCGGCGAAUAUGAGAUUGAUGAUGAUGGUAUCUCUGAAGAUCAGGAACCAUGUGCGGCGGAUGAUGAAGGAGCAUCAUCUGGCGAGGAAGUUGAAGAAGCUCUUGAGGCGGCCCUUAAGGUAGCUAAAGAAGAAGUAUAUGAGGAAGAGCAAUCUGAUGAUGAUGAGGCUGAGGAACUUGAAGAAACUAUAGAAGAUGCCCUUAAGGCAGCUAAAGAAAUAGCUGAGAAAGUGGAAGCAGAUCUGGAAGAGACCCUUGAGGAUCACCAGCUACGUGCGGAUGGUGAUGGUGAGGACACAUCAGAGAGCAGAAACAUCAAAAUUACCAUUGGUAGUCCAAGCAGGAAACAGACGGUGGCUGACCGCUGCCUCCGUUUGGUCCAUGAAGGUGCGUCUGAGGAAGUCGGCAAGAAUCGUUUCCAACAAAUUCUUGACCAUAUAUGCCAGAAUAACCCCAUGGAGGCGCGUCUACAAGAAUAUAUACCUGUCUUACAAACACUUGGUACCAGGAAGGAGAUCGAGCUGCCUGUGAACUUGGCUAAGCGACUCGGUGCAUCGUCCCCUGGUAAGAUCUCUCGCUUAUUGGCCCCCGAUAUUGCCGUCUACCUCGCCAAAUUAUUGACUGAUGAGUCUUUGAGUCAUCUUCCCAACAACUGCGGAGGCAGAGAAAAGUGGGCAACUCAUCAGGGCAAGCUCACCUUUCACAUUCUCCAGGCUUUGAGCAAACCUUCAUGGGUUGUGUUAAGUUAA